UGCAACUUUGCCGUUCUUCUUAUUUCCGGAUCGGCUCUGAGACUGAGACUAGAUGGGGGAGUUUCAGCCUUACGGCGCAUUCCGCCAAAAGGGGGAGCAUCUGAAAGGAAUCUUCCCUCUGUUUAAAAGGGUCUAUCUCGCUACUCUGCUGUGUCUCGUUAUUUUGCUCAAUGCCUGCGAAGUGAGUGUAGCUCUGGACCUGAAACCAAACAUUGUUCUGAUGCUGGCUGAUGAUCUUGGGAUUGGAGAUAUAGGCUGCUAUGGUAAUAAUACUGUCAGGACUCCCAAUAUUGACCAGCUAGCAAAGGAAGGAGUAAAACUUACUCAGCAUAUUGCCGCAGCCUCACUGUGUACCCCAAGCAGAGCAGCCUUCCUGACUGGCAGAUAUCCCAUCAGAUCAGGCAUGGCUUCAAGCAGUGCAUAUCGGGCUCUGCAGUGGAAUGCUGGCUCAGGUGGACUUCCUGUCAAUGAAACCUCUUUUGCCAAGGUGGUGCGUCAGCAAGGUUAUGCCACAGGACUUGUGGGCAAGUGGCAUCAAGGUGUGAACUGCGAGUCUGUCAAUGAUCACUGUCACCAUCCUUUAAAUCAUGGUUUUGAUUAUUUUUAUGGCAUGCCUUUCACUCUUCUCAACAACUGCCAGGACAACAAGCCUCCAGAACUGGAUGCAGCCUUUCAAGCUAAGCUGUGGUUCUACACUCAGGUCAUUGCCCUUGCAGUACUCACACUUCUCACAGGGAAAAUUACUGGGUUGGUCUCUGUGACUUGGAAAGCAGCCAUGUGUUUUUCUUUGUUCGGUCUCCUGUUUUUUGCUUCUUGGUUUUCCAGUUAUGGCUUUGUGAAAUACUGGAAUUGUAUCCUGAUGCGCAACAACAACAUUACUGAGCAACCAAUGAAGCUGGAAAGAUCAGCAUAUCUCAUACUACAGGAAGCAGUUUCAUUCAUUCAAAGAAAGAAGCAUGGACCAUUCCUCCUCUUUGUUUCUUUUUUGCACGUCCACACACCCCUGUUUACAACAGAGAGAUUUCUUGGGAAAAGCAGGCAUGGUAUAUAUGGGGACAAUGUAGAAGAAAUGGACUGGUUGGUAGGUCAAAUUGUAGAUGCUAUUGACAAAGAAGGCUUGAGAAACAACACAUUGAUCUAUUUUGCCUCAGACCAUGGGGGACAGCUGGAAGCUCAAGAAGGAAGAAUCCAGCUAGGUGGCUGGAAUGGCAUAUAUAAAGGAGGUAAGGGCAUGGGAGGAUGGGAAGGAGGAAUCCGUGUGCCAGGCAUAUUUAGAUGGCCUGGAAUUCUCCCUGCCAACACUGUUGUUCAUGAACCAACAAGCCUUAUGGAUAUUUACCCCACAGUGGCUCAUCUGGCUGGAGGGGCUGUGCCCCAGGACAGAAUAAUUGAUGGGAAGAAUCUGUUGCCUUUACUCCAACAAAACAUCAAGCACUCCGAACAUGAAUUCAUGUUUCAUUACUGUGGAUCAUAUUUGCAUGCUGUACGGUGGCAUCAGAAAGACAGUGGUGCUUUAUGGAAAGCCCAUUAUGUGACACCAGUAUUCCACCCGAAGGGUGCAGGGGCCUGUUAUGGAAAAGGAAUUUGCCCUUGUUUCGGAGAAGGUGUAACACAUCACGAUCCACCUUUGUUGUUUGAUCUCUCUCGAGAUCCAUCAGAGGCCAUGCCUCUAUCAUCAGACACUGAGCCAGUGUUCCAUGCAGUUCUUAAGAGAAUAGAAAAAGCUGUGGGUGAACAUCGUGGGACUCUUGCAUCUGUUCCACAGCAGCUCUCGCUCUACAAUAUUAUGUGGAAACCGUGGCUGCAGCCAUGUUGUGGGACGUUCCCCUUCUGUUGGUGUGACAAGGAAGAUGGCAGUGUCCAUUCACUUUAAGAGGGCUAGACAAGUUGUCCUAUUAGAAUGAAAGUUUUUGUCCAGUGAACUCCUAUCAAGAUCACUAAAACUGUCUCUUGUGCUUUUGGCUGCCACAAUGUUAAUUAUGCCUGGUUGCAACCUGGAGGCCCCUGCUGUCACCACCAUGGAGGAGGACACCUCACUCCCUUCCUAGUCCCAUUACCUAUUUCGCCUUCCUACCUGCUUUGAGGGAAGCAGGAUCCACAUAAUGAACUGCACCAGCAGGAAGAGAGUGGGCAAAGGAGGAAAGCUCUAAUUAGGCCAGGUGUUGGGGGAGGGAGGGUGCUAUCCAUAUUAGGACUGCAGUGGGGCAAAGAGUUUGCCCACUUCUAUCACUAGCCCCUACUUCUACCACUACCCCUCCUGUAGUCCUGAUUUGGAUGAAGGGCUCCACACAGCUGCUAUUUGCAUAUUAAAAAGCCAACAUACAAUCAGCACUUGGUGGUGAAGGAUUGAACUCAGAGCAGUUCUAGCUACACCUUAUUCUGUGGUUGCAGAGCUGGUUAAAAGGUAGGGGGAUGUCUAGGUUGUUGUUUAGUAACUCAACUGAUAGUUGUACUUGAAAGGGAGAGCUGACAAAGAUUUAACACCCAGAAUCUAUGCACAGAAUUAGUAACUGAGUGCAUUUAAGAGGACAUGAGACCAAAGUUUAAUAUGCCUGGCUUUCUUCCUCCAGAGUUCAGCAUUAAGGUCUAGGAUACAUACCAGAAGAAAAGAAAGGGAAAACAUGUUAGAAUACCAUGCCUCUUGUCAUUCAGCAUAUGUUACUAGACUUCAAUUGAAGUUUCUAAUUUAGGCUUCUAGGUUUUAAAAAAAAGGGAAUGAGGAAGAUUGAUUCUUCUUUCUCUUGCCAGCAUACGCCUUCAUUUAUGGAUGUAAAUAAUUGGAAUGCUCUGUGGUGUGAUCAUAUUUUUAAAAUAGUUUGCACAACCAUCAGAUUUUAGAUCAGCAGGCAAGGUUAUAUGGUGUUUAAUUUUUGUACAGUGCAUAGAAAUUUUAGUUGCAUUCUGCGUACGAAAAAAGAGGCACAUAGAUGUUAAAAAUAUCUACAAAUAGAAAUAAGCUUACAAAUAAAAUAAAUAUGAAAAAUAAAGUUAGUAGUGAGUAGCUAAGAUAACAACCCAAGAAGAAACAGUAGCAAAAUAUAGUGCUUAUUUGGCUAUCAAAAGGAAUUUGCACAUUUGCAAAAGUUGCUAGAAGAGAACGGCAAGAUUUGUUGUUUGCCUACAAACAUAAUUUGAAAAGUUCCUUCAGAUUUUACACUCAAAGAAUAAUGAACAUGUUAACACUAUUUCCCUUAGUUGUGUGCUCCUUGCCCCUAUAAACAAGUGUCAUUUUUCCUCAAAAGCAUUCAGCUGCUGUCUUCCUUAACAAAAUUGGUGAGUGGGUUUGGGAUUUACAUUGUGUUUGCAAAUCAAAGCUGCUUUGAGUUUGAAUAACAAAUGUUACUUUUUGGAAAGAUGGGUUUCUUUUUAAAAUUGUAUUGAUAAUUCCAAAUCCAACUAUACAAGGCCAGAAGGAUUAAAAUGACAUUUAUUAUGUAAAUACUCUUUGGGUUUAUAACGAUGAUUGUGUAGGUCCUCUUUGAUAUUCAUUCAAGUAAAGGGGAUUUUUUUUUGGUGGAGGGGGUGUUGUUUUUUGUGUAAAUUAUGUAUAUUGCAUAGUACACAUGAAAAAUAAAUAAAUAGAAGUG